AUGUACCUCUUGCAGGGGCAGGAUGAUGCGCUGAUGGCUACUUUUGGUGACGAGGCAGACACGCUCUGCGCGUGGGAGAACUCCCAGCUGGCCGCGUGGACCUUCUUGCGCUACUGCGUCAUCGGCCUGAUCUUGCUGUGGCGCGUUUGGCGGAUUCGUCACGGCGCGCAGGGGUUGUCGGCACCGUUCACGGGGCGGAGCCCAUACAGCGAGUACCCCGAGUUGACGCAAAGCAUGCAAAAUGCGACGUACGGUAUGGAUUUGGCGCUCGCUGGCUGCAUUUUCAUCCAGACAGAGGGCGUUGGGCUCACCAUCUACUUCAUGGUGUCCGCCAUGAUGGACAACAUAGCCAUCCAGCGGUCUUCGGCCCAUCCCGCCACUGGGUCGUCUCUCCCACUCUUCCUCACUCCCCCCUCCCCCUCCCCCUCCCUCUCUCCCUCCCCUCCCCUCCCUCCCUGCCCCCUCCCUCCCUCCUUCUUCCUUCCCUCCUGUCCCCUCCCUUUCUCACGCGUCCAUCCAUCGAUGCAGGCGAUGGCCUCCUGCUCCGAAUCCUGCUCCUGGCCACCGCAGCGGACUGCGCAGCUGGGGAGU